UCAGGUCCAAAGUAGUUAGUUAGUUCUGACGUCUGCAGGUUUCCAACACAAGACAGCCUAGGCUCAUUUUCUGUUUUAGUUGACUUAAAAAAACAAAUGAACUAGCCUUUUCGUGAAUAUUAUACUGACUACAAAUCAACAAAUGAUAGGCUGUUAUAUGUCCAGUCAACUUUUCUUCAUCUGUGGUAUGUGAACAAAGGUGUCAACAAAUGUGGAAUCUCGAUAGCAACAGCACAACAUAGCCUAGGCACAUAAUAUUGAAGUGAGUCACCACCUAUAAAGAGACUUUAAUAGAGUGCAAGUAAACAAUGAAGGAGCCUUUGCUUUCUGUAGAUGACCCGCAUGAGCCAAUAAGCUGGAGAUCUCUUCUCACACUUAAAUAACCAUCUUUACCAUUGGCUUCGUGAGCGAAGCCGUCGCUAGGGAGCCGCUUCGUUAAAGCAAUAGGGAAGAGCUGGUUUUUCGUAGUAACCAACAUAAGAGCUGCUCUCACUGUGCACUUCUUGAUACAAUGUGUUCUUCGAUUAAACAAACUUGCAACUCAUGACACCACGGCAUUUGAGAGUAGAUUGUCGACUUCACGGUUGCAGAAGCCCGACUAUUGAGGACUUUCUGUUUACGUUCAAGCACAUGCUUGAAACUAUACUGCUUUUUUAUGUGCUCAUAUUAAAUGUAAUAAAAAUAUAGAUUUUCUCCAUGGCGUCUCACCAGCAGUCAAGAAUUCAGUCAUACCUGGAGAAAAAUAAAAUCGGACCUCUGUUUGAGGAAAUGAUGACCAAACUGAUAACUGAGACCCCAGAUCAUCCUGUUCCUUUUCUCAUCAAUCACCUGCAGACUAAAGAGGGGAGCCCCAGCAAGCUGCAGAGAACUCUGCUGGGCUCUGCAGCUCUGUGGGCCCAGACCGGCUUAGCGGAGAACAAAGGGACAAGGCGUGAUUUCAGGGGGUACGAGAAGCCGUGGCAGAUGCACCCCAAAAAGCCCAAAAAAUCCAAGAGCGAUCUGGCGGUGUCCAAUAUAUCCCCGCCGUCGCCCGAAUCAAAGUCACUGCCAAGGUCAAUAGAGCACCCUCCCUGGGACUGGAGAACCAGACCGGAGAGCCGGGACUUCGACGAGCUCAACCACAUCCUCCAGGAGAGCAAGAAACUGGGCAAGGCCUUGGAGAACCUCUCCCGAAGUAUUGCAGUUUCUGAUGAGCUUGACCAGGACCCCAGGGCGUACAACUCGUCCCUGAUGCGGCCGCGGGUGAUCGGGGAGUGGGUGGGCCGCCCCGAGGACGACGCCGACCCGCUGGCCGCCGAGAUGCUCCAGCCGCCCGUCCCCAGGGCCAAGACCGAGGUGUGGAGCGAGGACAACAGCCCAGCCGGGAGCCUGAAGAUGGAGCCAAAGAGCAAGGGCCUGAAGCAGCAGCAGCAGCACCACAAGAAGCUGCUGGCGGCCAUGCUCUCCCAAGACUCCUUCGACUCCGCCCCCAGCUCCGCCCCCUCGGUCACUGAGGACGAGAUCGACGAUGAGGACGACGCCAUGGAGCUGCUGGAAGAUCUGGACGACCUGCGGAUGGAGGGCGUCACCAGCCUGGCGCCGUCCGGCAGCAAGUUCAGCCAGGGGCGCAGCGCGUACUGUCCCGAGCCCCAGGCCAAGGUCACCCUCAACAUCUGCUCAAGGUGUGCAAGGCUUCAAGGAGACAGUCUCACAGACAGCAGAGAUGAAGAAGUUCCAUGUGCUCAAAUUCCCGAGCAGGCGGUGCCUGAAAUUUCCUCGGUUUGUGGAUGUCUGCCGUCUGGAGCAGGUCCAUUGCCCGGGGUCGAGGCCGUGAUGGAAGACGAGGAAUUUGAGAGCGCGUCUCAGGUGACGGGGCCCCGUCAACCAGUCUGGGACUCAGAUCUGAAGACUGCCAGAAGCGGCAGCUCCCUGAGCCAGAAAGGAGCCCUCCUGAAGGACUCUCUCUUCUCCAAGGAGCUGGAGACCAUGGGGAAACAUCUCGCCGAGGUGGAGCGAGACCUUGCCAAGCUGACCGAAGGGAAGUUAGCGAGGAGUCCCAACAGCCCGCACAGCAGCUUGCGCCUGAGUCCUCUCCACCACAGCUCCCUCCCGCUGUCCGCCCAAGCCUCCCGGCCUCUGUCCCCCGGGGCCCUCUCAGCCAAAGGCACCGUGCUGCCCCUCCUUAGCAACAAGCCCACCUCCCUGGUGAUGGGCCGGGCGCAGACGCCUAGCAACCCCAGCAGCCGGACUCCCACCCCCAACGCCCCAAGCAGCCGGCCCAGGACUCCCAGCCGGCCUCUGACCCCCAACAGUUUGAUGCCGCGAGCCGUCACGCCUGGCAGCCAUAGCAACAAGGACGAGAUGUUCGGCAGAUCGAGGAGCAGACCCGUCACACCCACCAGCCAGACCGGGAGGCCCCUGCUCACACCGCCUGGCCUGAGCACCACAGAGAGCCUGGGCAAAGCGUUCACUUACAGGCCCAAUAUGUCAGAGGACGAUUUCUACCAGCAACUGCAGGCCGUUCGGCAGCCCUGGCUCAUCCCGAGCGACACGGACAGCGACUGUGUGGAACAGCCCGAAAAGGACAAAUGCAGUCAGACUGGAGUACGGGAUUCUGCUAAAAGAUCAGUGUUUUCAGGCCUAUAAUGUUCGGGACCAGGAACAGUGAUCCUAUCCAAUGAUUAUGCAAACUAAUGGGCAUUUUGAAAAAAUGGGAGAAUAUGACACAAAUGGUUUAUUUUUAUAAUUCAUAUAAAAUGGUAUACUUUUACUCACAGAGGUAGAUUUUUUUUCUUAGAAGCUUUAAUCUAUGAACUUUACUGAAAUAUGAAAGAAAGCUUCAGCUAGAAAGUUUAUGAAGGGGUAUUUUACUGUAGAGUGUAAACCUUACAUUUAUAAAUUGUUUUGUCUGCAUAUAGCAUGCUUUUCUGAAGUCUGUGCUGAAGAAAAAAAAAGAAAAUACUUUGCAUUCAAAGAUUUUAUAGUUGAUGACCUACUUUGUUAAAAUGCACAUGUAUUUUUACUUUUGGACAUUGCUCAAUGCUAUGUUACUUGAAAUCACUGGCUCACAUAUGUUAUGCAUUCUCACAGAAUUCCAAGACACAAACCAGUUCUGAUCCUGAUAACACCACGAUGUUUGCAUGAAAUACUGUUUUUGUACUGUAUUGGUUCCAGGGGUUUCAGGGCUUUUAUGAUUCUGCGGCAUUCUGGGGUAGCAUAUUUCUGUUGAGAUUUCAUAGGUUGUUGGUUCUGGGUUAUUGACAGGUCCAUGUCAGCUGUGUAACAAGCAUUUUGUGCCAGAACUGUGGGACUGGUGCCACAAUACUGCUGUUACCUCCUGAUAGCACCCGCCCUGAACUGCCACGUUCACAGCUUUUACAUGCCAUUUACAGCCUCUGGUCGCAAAGCAGUUGAGACUGAGCCAUUGUUUUACCAAUUACAAUACUGUAUCCAUAUUACUGUGGAAGUCUGUAGCUUGCAAAAGGGUUAUACACUGUACAUUGUGUUGAUCUGUGUGUUUGUUUACAUUUUUUAUGUCACAUUUUGUAUGUAUGAGUAUUUUUUCUUUUAUUUUUGAUGAGUGACUUAUUAAAGAGGUGAGAGGUGAAACUAGGCCUGCAUGUAGUACCACACUGUAGGUGGACCAUGAUGACAAGGGGAAAAAUUAUUUACGGAUCAAUCAAAGUCAGUGAAAUUGGUUUAUUUUCCAUCACAGUUCACUAAUGCUCUGUUUGUCCAAAACCAACAAACAGUCCAGAGUUUCCUGCCUAAAAAAGCAGUUCAGUGCAGCGAAUGCUGAACACAAUCAAAUUUUCACAUUCUUAUGUAGAUGAGCUCAUAUGAGAAAAGCUCAGUAUCGAUGCACAUCAAAUGUUCCCUAAAGCAAACAAAAGUCUUUACAAAAGUCAUAUCAACUAAGAAAAACACAUAAUUUCAUACCACUGAGUUACAUUUGAGCCUUCUCUUUACUGGAUUAGUUAUACUUCAUUUUGAAAUGUGCAUUCCUAUAUCCGUCAAAUAAUGUGACAUUACUAAUAUAAAAAUAUUAUAUUUUGUCUUCACGUU